CGCACACACACACACACACACACACACAGUAACGGAUCUCUCUGUGCUUGCUUCACUGUUGCUCACGUUUCUUCAGUGCUCCCUAGGUUUUCUUCAGCUCGCAUCUUUUUCAGUUUAAUAUUUAAAGUUACUUUUUCGUAACGGACGUGGUGCAUUUGACAAGACAGAGCUGAAAAUGGCUUGUGCUGCGUCGGUCACUGCCUCCACUGCGGUCGUUUUUUUUUUUUUAUUAUUAUUAUUUUACCCCCCCCUCUCUCUCACACACACACCUCAAUCAAAAUUGUUUUGUUUAAGUGUGUGUGGGAAAAAUGCCAACAACGUUAGGAAAAAAAUCAGUUUAAUCAAAAUAAAAUAAAAUAGUUCUAGCAUUUCAUAUUUCCUAGUUCCUACUGCAUGAGUUCAGAUGCAUUAAUUCAUGCACUUAAAUAUUAAUGUUCUGAUUUUACUGAAAAACUUGUUCUGUAAUAGUUCCUUUACUGUUGUGAUCAUCUCAAUUCUGAGGCUGCUCUGUAAAUAUUUUUCUAAUAAACAAUACACAUAGCAACUUCUGAUCAAUCCAUAUCAAUUUCAGAUUUAAAAUAAUGUAUUGAUGUAAACCACACCCACUAAUUCCCAAAUAAUAAAUAAGAGGUGCAUUCAUCUGUGUAUCUCCUUUGAUCCGCAUUAGUGAUGUUUUCAGCACCAGAACAAUGAAGCAAAGAAACAGAUUCCUGAGUUUAUGUUAGUAAUUUUAUUUAUUAGAUGCAUCUGACCUGUUCUAUUUUUCUCUGAAAUGAGAUCAAAUCAGUGCUUCUAUGGGUUGUCUCCUCUCUGCACUAGAAACAUGUACUUCAUUAUAAUGUUCACUGUAAUGCAUCUUGAUGUUCUUAACCAGGGGUGGACCUUUAAACCGCCCGAGCGCCAAUGGCGCUAAAUUUUCUCGUCGGGCGGUAAAAACUUGACGACUUACCGCCCGGGUGGCGCCCAAACCUUCUUUGUCAUUUACACACCGGCUUUCACCAUCAUGGCCGCGCCCUGUUCGCGCACGUGAACCUGCCUCUAGUCACGUACUGCGCGUACUGCACAUGCACUUGUACGUGCAGUACGUGCAGUUCGUGACUAGAGGUGUGCAGUACGUGCACGAAUCGUGCACGUACUGCACACCUCUAGUCACGUGAACUAUAAGUUCACUAUAAAAGACGGAGCGGAACCACGCUAGAAACACACAAGCAUACAGGAAGAUGGCGACACCACACAGGCAUGGGAUUUCUUGAUGAAACCUCCGGCAAAACGCUUUAAAACUGGUGAGGAGAGGCGAGACCUUUCGAAACGGUAUGAAGCGGAGAAGCGUGUGCGGAGGUGGAAUGAUUCUUGGCGGUUUAAAGAAGACGGGAGGCGCAGAGGAUGGCUCGAGUACAGCAAAGCGGAGGAGGUGAUGUACUGCGUUGUAUGCCGGAAGUAUGCAACGACAAAAUCGAGUUUUGUUGAGGGAACCAACAAAUUCAAACUAGAAUACGUGAAAGACCACGAAAAAACAGCGAGCCACAUGAAGGCAGAAAAGACUGCUCUUGCUAAUGCAGCAACGGUAGGAGAGUCGCCAGCUGCAAAGGCCCUCGUGGCGAUGACUAAAGCACAGCAAGACAAACUGGAAAAGUUGUUUCGUACAGCUCACGCCAUUGCAAAGAAAGGAAGGCCAUACACCGACUUCAGUUGGAUGUGCGAGUAAGUAUUAUUUUUUGCUUAACAAAUUCUCAAAAUACUGGGUUUGUUCUGUUAGUUUAACGAUGUGUUUUUGUCCAUUUCAUUGUUUGAUGGAGAAAAGAACCAGAAAACAUGCACUGUCUUUUAGAUGAGCAGAAGGGCAUGGAGAUAGGCGAAACAUACCGAACCAGAAAGCAGGCCAAAACAUUCAUUGGGUACAUAGCCCAGGCAGAGAAGGAGAGUGUGCAAGAAGAAUUUGCAGCUGGAAAGUUUCUUUCUCUGAUGUCAGAUGGCUGUGCUGACAGUGCAGUCAUUGAAGAAGAAAUCAUCUAUGGCCGACAAGCAGUUAAAGGACAAAUCUGUGUCAAGUUCCUGGGUAUCGAGGCAGUCGCAAAAGCUAAUGCAGAAAACAUCACGUCUGCCAUAACAGCCGGUGUGUGUAAAGGUCUUGGUGUGGAGGAAGGCACCUGGAAGAAGAAACUGGUCGCUGUUUCAACAGACGGGGCUGCAGUCAUGCUUGGAGUAAAGAGUGGCAUAGUGACAAGACUGACUGCAGACCUGCCCCAUGUGCUGCCCAUUCAUUGUAUGCCUCAUAGACUUGAGCUGAGUUUUAAGGAUGCUGCCUCGAAGAAUCCAUGCCACAAGAAGCUGGAUGCUCUCCUUACUGGACUCUACACAUUUUACCACUACAGUCCUCUCAACCGGGCAAACUUGAAGGCCUCAUUCGAAUCACUGGGAAAGAAACCCCUGAUGCCCACAAGAGCGACAGGCACCCGCUGGGUAUCACACCUGUUGGCGGCCUUGGACCACUUCUUGCGAGGGUACUCUGCCAUCGUUCAACAUCUGGAACAGAUACAGUCCCCAGAUUCCACCGGAGUACGCAGUGACCAGCAGGCCAAGGCCCGGAACUACUAUCGUGCUGCAACAUCCCUGGACGUGAUAAAGUACGCAUGGUUCUUGUUUGAUGUCCUGGCUCAUCUUUCCAACUUGUCACGCAAGAUGCAGAAGACCAACGUGACGAUGGCUGCAUUGCAUGAAGCCCUACAGUCAACCAAGACUGUGCUGCUGACUUACAAGAGAAAGCCUGGCCCCAUGCUACAGUCGUUCGGGAACAAGAUGACCUUUGAGGGAAGGGAACUCUCGGGCGACGGUCGAUCAUUUCAGUCAUCACACCCGAAUCUCAUUGAUGACCUGGUGGCCAACAUGGAGAACCGAUUUGGGCAUGUGAAAGGAGGGUUACUUCAUGCCACAAACAUUGCAGAUUUUGGGUUCUGGCCUGACAAAGUAAACAUGACGGACUUUGGAGACGCAGCUGUUGACAUCCUGGUAGGGCACUUCAAGCCUGUCCUGGAAGAUGCAGGUGUGCAGGUGGACAAAGUUGCAGACGAGUGGACAACACUCCGAUCCAAGGUGUAUCAGCAGCCCGACUGGUUGGAGUUCAUCAAGAAGGUGACAUGGUGCGAACUGAACAGAAGGUACUUUGAUGAGUGCCCAAACAUUCUUCAGCUUGUGGACCUGCUACUGACCCUGCCUGCAUCUACUGCUGAAUGUGAAAGAGGUUUCAACCACAUGAAAAUGAUAAAGAGUGACUGGCGGUCCAGCCUGUCAGGGAAGAGUGUGGGUGAGCUCAUGUCGGUGCUGUUACUGUCGGCAGACAUUAAAAACUUCGACCCAAAGCCAGCUAUAAACAUAUGGUCUCAUGAUGUCCAACGGCGAAGGCGUCUUGAUUUCAUGGAUGGCAAGACUUCCACUGCUGCUGAGAUGGACGACGCAGAGCCAGAGGAAGAUUUCAUGUGCGUGGGUCAGGGUCGCUUGCUCUCCAUGAUGAGCAAGAAAUAUGACGAUGAGCUUGACAAGGACUUUGAGGUGGAGUAACACUAGUCCACCACUAGCCAAAUGUUCAGCCUGCAUCACAAUAGUGCCAGAGACUGACACAGUGCUGGUUGAAAAGUUUAUGUGUGUGAAUGUGUAGAAAAUAAAGGUUUGUUACAUUUAAAACGCUUCAGUUGUUAUUUUGACUCGUUUUGGCAGUUGACCUGUGGGGCCGGUAGAUUCUUGGUGGGGCCGGUAAAUUUUCUGAGUUACCGGCCCGGCUGGCCGGUUGGUUUUGAAGUUAAUGUCCACCCCUGUUAACAAAUAAAUUAAAUCAAAGAUAUUGGUCAAUAAUGCCAAAUAUGUAAAUUUGUGUUUCAGUCAUUUUGAUACUGGCUUAAAAAUACUUCAUUAAGUCUACUAAGCAGGGGUGUAGAAGGUGUUUAAUAGGGCCAGCCCAGUAAUGAUCUUGGACCUAAAUAAAGGGGGCAGAAGGAGAUGUUU